CACUAAUUCAAUGACAAUCUGGAUCGGAUGAUGUAUUUACUCUUCGUACUUGCUGUUUCGAUAAAAGUCACGUACAGGUGGGUUCUGCUCAUUUACUACGUGUCAUAUAUCAAUUGGCUUGCUGGAAUAGUUUACAGAACAAUAAAAAAAAGCAAAGCCAACGAGGCGAAGGCGAGACGGAGUGGUACACAACCAUGUUCCUUCCUUCAUUCCCCCUAUAGAAGAGACAAGAAAAGAGAAGAUAAAGAGCUUCUUCUUCUUUGGUCGUCUCUUCUGUUAAGAAAAAGAAGUCUCACUGCUUCCCUCUUUUGAUCUCUGAAAAAAAAAGAAUCUGUGUUUGCAAUGGAUCAGAUGUUCAACAAGGUUGGAUCCUACUGGUUAGGUCAGAAGGCGAACAAACAAUUUGACUCUGUUGGUGACGAUAUCAACUCGAUAUCAACGAGCAUCGAAGGAGGAGCAAAAUGGUUGGUCAACAAAUUCAAAGGAACAAUGCAGAAGCCGUUGCCUGAGUUGCUGAAAGAAUAUGAUUUGCCUGUGGGCAUCUUCCCACGCGAUGCUACAAACUACGAGUUCGAUGAGCAGACAAAGAAACUGACGGUGCUGAUCCCAUCAGUCUGCGAAGUUGGCUACAAGGACUCAUCCGUCCUCAAAUUCACCACAACAGUAACGGGAUAUCUGGAGAAAGGGAAGCUAAGUGAGGUGGAAGGGAUGAAGACAAAAGUGAUGAUAUGGGUCAAAGUCACAAGCAUCUCUGCGGACUCAUCAAAGGUGUAUUUCACUGCGGGGAUGAAGAAGAGCAGAAACCGAGAUGCUUAUGAGGUUCUUAGAGAUGGCGUUCGAGUUGAUAAAUUCUAACUCCAUCCUGCUGAGAGUAUAUAUUCUCAUCUGUUAUCAAUUCAAUUAUGAAGUUUCUAGCUUUUUAUGGGUUUGCCUGAUGGUGUUAUGAUUUGAAAGAAUUAACUUGUGUUGUAUGAAUCAAAUUGAAAAAGAAUAUUCUUGGUUUUGUUGUAUAAAACAAAUUUCAUGACUGUACAUUGUGAAAACCCCAAAAAGGUAUACUAGUAGUUAUGAUUUAUGUGCUCAAUGAUCAUAUAAGGAGGUUUGGAUAGAAACUGUAAGUAUUCUUUGUAGCUGGAAACAUAUCCCAUUAGAAUUAGACUAUUACAAAGAUCAUAUAGAGUAAAACCCGACCCAAAAAUGAAAAGAAAGCAUAUAUAAGGUAGAUUACCAAAGAGUCUUAAAUAGAUGAGUUAAGGGCAUCCGCAUUGGUGAACUCCAAGGGGAGUUCACACGGUUUUCGAAAAAAAAAAAAUAUUAAAAUAAUAAAAAUCAGUGAACCUGUCUCUUGGGAGUUCACUCCAGUGAACCCGGAUCGUCACUGUAGCGUGGGCCCCACGACACGUGGCGGCCCGCGAUUGGUCCUAUUAAUAAUUUUUUUUUUU